GUCCAAAACGGUGCCCUUCACCCACGUCUGGCCGGCCGCUUUGGGGCGUGACCAAAGCGCCGGUCUCGGCCGCAUGCCGGACGCCGUGGAGACGCCUCUCUCCGGCCAUGAGGCUUCUUCACCAUGGCUGAGGUUGAAAGCCUAGCUGACACAGCCUCAACCACGCCGGGUGCGACAUGGGAGUGCUUCAGAGAGGAUGAUGAGAUUGAAACGAAGCUGGCGCUCGAGGCGUUUCUGCCCGUGUCGGAGGUGCAGGUCUCUGACUCUAUCGACGAGCUACUCGAUCAAGGCGAUCACCUUUUACAGGAGUUCCGCGGUGGCAAUGCCGCGCUGCUGGAGAGGAUUUGUACCACUGAGAGUCUUCGAACCCUGGUGGUGCAUGCCACGCAGCCCCAGAGACAGCUUGAAUCAGGGGAGCCACUGAGCUUGGACCGCCUCCGGCGCCGGAGCCACACCGCCGCCGAGCUUUUAGCACUUUGUGGGCCUGGUUCUGCGCAGGACGACCACUGGAAGCUUCGAGUGCUGCAGCUCUUCUGGGAGGAUGCGACCUUGCUUGACUUGUUGUGGGGGUUCUUGUUGGACCUUCCAGUGGACUCCAGCACAUCCAGCUGGAACGUGCUGGCGGGCUACUUCUGUGGCGUCGUGCUGGCGUUAUUUCACCACCUUCCUGGCCAGGUGAUUGGCUACCUGCGCACUCGAGGCGAUGCGGUCUUUGCAAACUUCAUGCUCUUCUUGGGGACCAGGUGUAUUGCAGAGCUCUUUGUGGCUUUGCUGCUGACUGAGUCGGAGGAGGGAAUGCUUUUCCCCCUGGAGGGCUUGAUGAUUCGCUUGGUCGAGCAGUUCCAAGGCGCUCGCCCUGAUGGGGAUGACGCGGAUGAGAACUUAGCCUUGGUCAUCAAGACCCUUGUAUCGCAGGCAUGCCACGGUCUUCGUUUCGGUGCAGCGAUCCUGGAGCAAAUAUCCUCAGCCAAUGUGGUUGCGACGUUGCUGGACAAGGUCGUGGACCUGGGCUCCCCAGCGGCUGCGUCGGUGUUGUCACUGAGCAUCUCCCGGCUCUUCUGCUUGUCGCCGAAUCCCUUAUUGCCCAUGAGAGGGCCCAAUCUGAUGAGACCUUUGGAGGAGGAGACUCACCAGGAAAUUGCUGAAGCGGAACGUCUGGGUAUCGCCGAUGUAUCUCGAGCACUGGUGCAAGCGAUCUGCAAAGAGCUACCACGAUACUGUGAUGCACUUCUUGGCACUGGUCAUGUGCCGACUGAGGGACUUCAGCUGCCCGGGUCGCUGCCCACGGAGCGUUCCCAGCUGCAGGAGGUGACAAAAAUCCUCCUGGAGGCGAAGGGGGGCGAGCUGAGCCAGGACGCCUGGCAACGUUUCCAUGCCUUGGGUGACCCAGAAGUGGAGGAGGUGCUUCAUCGGGACGAUGGGGAGCACCAGGCCUCCUUGCGCAGCGAGUUGCUCGCGAAGUUGCGCCGGGCAAGAGCCAAGCUGGAUGAGGAGCGUUUGCGCAACAAGAUGCCGCAGCCACGGCAAGUGCCAUUUUCAGGAGCCUUGGCAGUUGAGGCCACCCUGGCCCUAGUGGAGCUGGCUCGAGUGCAGGAUUCGGAUGUUUUGCAGGUUUUCUUGGAGCAAGAGCUCUUGAAACGCUGUGUGGUGCACCUCUUUGUGCGGCCCUGGGGCGCCGUGAUGCUCAACACCGUGGGUGCCCUAUGUUUGGAACUCAUUCGGAGUCCUCAAAGUUCUUCAGUGAAGGCCCUCUGCCUCUUCUUAGAAGAUGGCGCCGUGAUGGGCCGCGUGGCAAAGGCCUUGAAGGCGGUGGCGCAAGAGACGCACCGUGACUGGUAUGCGCCCGAGCUCACUGGGCUGCUGCGGAAGAUCUUGGGGGAGUUGCGUGAUGCCGGGAGCACAUGGUCAGAGGUGCAGGAGCGCCUUGACUCCUUAGCAUGUUGGACAGAGGGACGGCCCUGCGGCAGAGCAGAAGUACCAAAUCUACAAGACGUGGUGCUUCCGGACCUCGAAGAGUUCGCGCAGCUGGAGCAAGAACCCUUGGGUGGCUUCCCGAAACUGGACACGCCGUCCUUCCCCAUGGUGAACGUGGAUGACGUGGAGUUCAGUCCCGAGGACCUUCGCGAUCUGGAUGAAGACUUGGACACCGAGUUCCUUCUUGACUUGGGUCAUGGGCAGCUGCAGCGACAGGCCCAGGUGUCAGCGCGCAAAGACGACGCAGAGUUGGCGCACGAAAAGGGCAACGGCGAUGACCCAGAGGAGGAAGGUGAAGCUGGUGAAUGGGUCUGAGCUGCGGCUGAAUCCGCGACCGGACCGGGCUGUGGACUUGGUCCGUGACCGUGACCGAAGGACGGGUGAAAGGUGACUCGGUG